GGAUAUGGUCAUACCGCUAAAGUAGCGGAAGCAAUAUCUAAAGGAGUAUUGGAAGCGAAAGGGGAAUGUACUACAACAAGUAGUAGAUUGAAGGAUAAUGAGUGGACUCUUCUUGAUACAGCGGAUGCCAUUAUUUUUGGUGCUCCUACUUACAUGGCUAGUGUUUCAGGACCAUUUACAAUUCUACAUCUAAAAGAUGGGCUGAGAAAAAAUGGGAAAAUAAGAUUGCAGCUGGAUUUACUAAUUCUGGUUCAUAUUCUGGAGAUAAGCUUGUCAGCAUUCAACAAAUAUUUCAUUUUGCUAUGCAACAUGGGACAAGUGGAAAAGGCACCACAAUUUGGGGAUAAUGAGAUGCCAACAUUUGAUCGUAUUAAUCGUCUUGGUAGUUACUCUGGUCUUAUGACGCAAUCUAAUCACAAAUCAUCUUCUGAUAUUGUGCCG